CGCCCAUGGCAAAAUUCCAUGUAUCUACCUUUCCUACCAACCAACCCUAUAAAUACAUCACCAAACUCUCUCUUAUCCUUUAAACCCAAUUCUCAUAUAAUUUUCAACCAAUCUUGAUUUUAAAAGUUUCGGGUAGAUUCUUAGAUAAAUUAUAUUUGGGAAGAUGUACGGUGUCGGUGGAUCGAGUACAGCAAGUUUCGCAGAGGCUUACGCGAUGAGGAAGAUUUAUAAGGAAAAGAUGAAGAUGAAGCUUGCAGAGACAAAAGUAAAGGAAGAGAAUAAGGACAACGUUGAAGAGAAGAAGAGUAAAAUCUUGAAAACAAAGAAUUCGAAGAAGACCCUCCAGACUAGUCCAAGGGUUUCCUCUGCAGAUGUUUAAACAUCUUUGUGCCUGUGGCUAUAUAUUUAUUUAAUUUUUUUUUUAACUUUGUUUAUGAUGAUGGGUUCCUAAACUUCAAUUUGUUCUUUUAUGUAUUAUAUUUUUUCACCACAGUUGGUUGUUUAUCUAAUGACCGAUCCAUAUAUACCACUAACUCAUACAAUUCAUACA